CACUCUUCUAGCAUGUUCCAUGUGUUGACCCAUUUAAUUCUUACAACUCUGAAGUGGGUACGUUCAUGACGUCCGUUUACAGGGGAGGAAACUUUGGUUCAGAAAUGUGAAAUAACUUUCCCAUGCUUACCCAGUGGGUCAGCAGGUGGACACCAGGCAGUUGAGUGACAGCAGGGUCCUCAGCCCCAGAGCCUUGUCCUCAACCCCAUAUUCACUGUUCCAUUCUCAGGGCUGAGUCCCAGGUCUGGCCAUUUGGGUACUUGGCAGGUGCAUGUCCGGUGUGAGGACAGAGGGGCCUGGCUUCGGCUCAGUUCAGCUCCUGCUUCCCUCACCGCUGAGCCUGUUUCCCCAUUUGGAAAAUGAGCAGCUGGUCCCAGAUCAGAGGAGGUGCCCUCACUUGUGCCCAACUGUGCCUGGCGCUAAAGAGCCCUGAGCCUCCCAUUAUAUCAUCCAGCCCACCAGGCUUCCUCCCCAGGCCCUCCUGCAGCCAGGCCCUCCUCCAGGCCUGGCCAGCCUCUGUGGUCUCAGUUCUCCCUCCCACCCCUCAGGGUUCGCUGAGUGGCGUGCUGCCUCCUCAUUUCCUCCAGCCUCCGUGGUCAGAGCAAUCCUCCUAACGCACCACUGGCCAGGCCCUCCCCUGAUUGGAGCCCUUCAGGGGUCCUCCUUUCUCACUAAGCCUGUUGCUCAGGCCACCUGUGCGCCGCAGCACUGCACCUGCUCACAGGGCCCCUCACGCCACUCCUAUCUAGACAUGUGUUUAGCCUGUUCCUCCUCCAGAAAGCUUCCCCGGACCCUCACACCAUGCGGAAGCCCCCAGGCCCAAGUGCCCGCCUAGGGCAGACAGGUCUCUUCUCUGCGACUCACUCUUCUCUCCUAGGUGGAGGGUCCUGGGGACAUGGCCUGGGCCAGAGACCAGGCAGGCAUGGGCCACCCCCUGCCUCACCAACUGAGAGACAGUAUGCUGACAUCACAUCUGGCUUUACCCAAGGUGGCUCAGGUCACCUCAGCUACCUGCCGCCUCCCCGUCAGCCCGUCUCUUCUGAUUUACACAGGUGCUCCUACCCGAGCCAAGGCAACUUGUCCUCCCUGGGAAAGUCAGGUGUGGGCUCAUCAGGGUUCCCAGCCGCCAUCCCCGGAACCCCUGCAGCUGCCAAACAGAAACCAGAGCUUCCACAUGAGGAGCUGCCAAAAACAAGUGUUCAAGCCCCACCAGAGAGGCCUGGGGAGGCAGGAGAAUUCCAGGAAGGCGAACACUCCAUCCCAACAAGAGCUGGUUCUCAUAGCCCAAAAGGGACAAGGGGCACAGGUUACUGUCCCCACAACCCCCAGCUCAUCAGGCUCCAGCCUUCUGGGAGUCCAGCCCCUCCCCUGUGGCAGGUGGCAGUUGGGGCCCACGUGGAAGCUGGGGGUUCCAUAGCCUCUUCCCAGGUCAGUAAGAAGGAGAGAAGCUGGCCGGGUGCUAUGCUCCAGGUGGCUGCAUAGUGGCUCACGCCUGUAAUCCCAGCACUUUGGGAGGCCGAGGUGGGUGGAUCACCUGAGAUCAGGAGUUCAAGAUCAGCCUGGCCACCAUGGUGAAACUCAUCUCUACUAAAAAUACAAAAAUAAAAAAUAAAAAAAAAAUAGCCAGGCGUGGUGGCAGGCGCUUAUAAUCCCAGCUACUUGGGAGGCUGAGGCAGGAGAAUCACUUGGACUCGGGAGGUGGAGAUUGCAGUAAGCUGAGAUCGAGCCAUUGCACUCCAGCCUGGGCAACAAGAGCAAAACUCUGUCUCAGAAAAAAAAAAGAGAGAGAGAGAGAGAAACCAGGCAUGAUGUCUCACACCUGUCAUACCAGCACUUUGGGAGGCUGAGGUGGGAGGAUCACUUGAAGCCAGGAGUUUAAGACCAGCCUGGGCAACAUAGCAAGACCCCAUCUCUACAAAAAACUUAAACAUUUAGCUGGGUAUGGUGGCAUGCACCUGUAGUCCCAACUAUUUGGGAAGCUGAAGUGGAAGUAUUGCCUGAGCCGAGGAGUUUGAGGUUACAGUGAGCUAUGAUCGCACUAUUGCACUCCAGUCUGGGUGACAAGAACAAGACC